AUGGUCAAGAUAACCCUGGAUCUUCUCAGGAAGCGCUCAGAGCACAACAAUAGUAUCUUGGAUACCCUGGAAGAGAUAGCGCUGCAUCAGUACAUGAUCAGAAAGAUUGAACUCAUUGGGGAUGUUUGUAGAAAUUUGCAGAUUCUCCUUCUGCAGAACAACAAAAUCCGGCGCAUAGAGAACUUAAGCACGCUAAAGAAGCUAAAGUAUCUCAAUCUAGCAAUAAAUAGAGUCACUAAAUUAGAAAAUCUUGCUUCCCUGGAAUCCUUAGAGAAACUGGAUCUAACAGCAAACUAUAUCCAUAAUUACUUAGAUUUUGCAAUGCUGGGCCAUCUCUCACGGCUUACAGAACUCUACGUGGUGGGGAAUCCUCUCACUACUUAUCCGUAUUGGCGUGAGUAUUUGAUUACUGUACUUCCACAUCUAGAGAAGCUUGAUGGUCAUGAGAUAACCCGCACAGACCGCAUCCUGGCUAACAGUAUCUACAAUGAACAUUUAGCGGAGAUAACUGCAACAUCCUUUCGGGAGUGUGAUAUACCUCGCUGGGACGAAGACAGUGAUAACAGUGACUAUGAAGAUAGAGAUGCUAACAUAAAGGUUAAACGUGCUGCAGAAGAGACGGCUUCGGCUGAGUAUAAGAAUAAAAAUAUCCUGCCGGAGGAAAGACGCCGCCCUCCACGCACAGUAGAUCCCAAUACCGGUUCAAUCAGGCAGUAUAACGAGCUAGGCUUCGCAUUCCAAUUCGAAGAAGAUGCUAGUAGGAGAGAAAUCUGCUGCAAAAUAAUGGUUCCUAUCCACAUGCAGACAGAUUUACUCGAAAUCGACGUAGAUCCCUUCUCUAUCCUACUCGUCAGUAAGGAGAGUAAAAAGCAAAUGCAGAUAGCCUGGCCUUAUGAGAUCUUUGCAGACAGCGUUGUGUGCCGUCGUAUUACGUCUACUGGAGCCUUAAAGAUCUAUGUACGUGUCGUAAACCCCAGCGCACUCCAGGAAGGUAUCUGGGUUUCAUCCUCCAAGGAGCUUACUAGCCAGACCCCCGUGGUCAUUGCUCCAGACAAGGAUGCACGAAAACUCGAACCUAUUGUCCACACUCAGGAUGUGUCCGACAGUGAUAUUGAAGGUAGUAUCCCCUCUGAUCUUCCUGAGCUGGAAGGAGCCUAG